AUGACAUAUGCUUUGUUUCUGUUGAGUGUGAUUUUAGUGAUGGGGUUUGUGGGGUUUUCUUCUAAGCCCUCCCCUAUUUAUGGGGGUUUAGUGUUGAUUAUUAGUGGUGCGGUUGGGUGUGCAGUUAUUUUAAAUUGUGGGGGAGGUUAUAUGGGUCUGGUGGUUUUUUUAGUUUAUUUAGGGGGUAUGAUGGUUGUUUUUGGGUAUACUACGGCAAUGGCUAUUGAGGAGUAUCCUGAGGCGUGAGGGUCGGGGGCUGAGGUGUUGGUGAGUGUUCUGGUGGGGUUAGUGAUGGAAGUGGGGUUGGUGUUGUGGGUGAAGGAGUGUGAUGGGGUAGUAGUGGCGGUGAAUUUUAAUAGCGUAGGGAGCUGGAUAAUUUAUGAGGGGGAAGGGUCAGGGUUGAUUCGGGAAGAUCCUAUUGGUGCGGGGGCUUUAUAUGACUAUGGGCGUUGGUUGGUGGUGGUUACUGGUUGAACAUUAUUUGUUGGUGUUUAUGUUGUAAUUGAGAUUGCUCGGGGUAAUAGG